GUCCUAACCCUCGCCGCGGACGGACGGUAUGGCGGCCGCGCGCUAAACGCCAUAACGAAUACGUGUCUGUGCUGUGAACAUAACGCGCGUCUCCGCCCCGAGCCCCGACAUCAACAACAACAACAUGACCCUAUCGCGAGGCGACAUGGUGUCGCCGAGGCCAAUGUUCCUGUUGCUGGCAACACUUCACUUCGUUGCCUUCUGUCGAGCCGGUCCCCUGGGCCCGCUGCCGAACGUGACCAGCGCUGACGUCGCCCUGAAAGAAGGUAGCUGUGCUCUGGGCGACGUGGUGUACAUGGCGGGCGACGAGCUGCCAGGCACGGGUCCCUGCGAGCGCUGCCGCUGCGAUGCCGGCGACGUGCGCUGCGAGCGCCAGCGCUGCGAGCCGCGUCCCGGCUGCAAGGCGCUGCAUCGCCCCGACCACUGCUGUCCGACAUACCAGUGCGAAUGUGAGCAAGAAGGUCGGGUGUACGGUAACGGUGAGAAGCUGGUGGACCCAGCAGACCCGUGCCGCGUGUGCUACUGCCAGGGCGGCGAGGUGGUGUGCCGGCGCAUCGCGUGCUUCGUGCGCGACGACUGCACGCCGCGCCUCGUGCCCGGCCGCUGCUGCCCCGAGUACGAUAACUGCCCUCUCAGAGGCGUAACUAGCUUGCCGGGCGUAUCAUCUUCAAUCUCAAGCUCAUCCUCGUCUGAAAACCCACAAUCGCCGAAAGAGAACAUCAAACAGGAGAUCACUAUCAAGGAAAUCACACCUGUGUCCGAAAUACCAGUGAUCACAGAUGUCAAGAUCAAGGAGAUUCUACCUUCCCCGAGCAUUGAAGUGGCUGAAUAUUCUUCGUCUAAGUCACCUCUUAUACCACGAGAGGCUACUUCCGAAAAGAAUAUAAAAGAUAUUGACUCUAAAACGGAAUCCCCCAGCAUUGUCGAAGUGCACUCAUCAUUACCAGUAAUUGUAUCUUCACCUGACGCGAUACAAUUUACUGAAGCCGAAAAUAAAAACGAAGAUGCGCCUCCCUCUAAAAUCAGCUUCUCUACGCAAGAUUCCAUACAUAGCGCAAUUUAUCCAUCAAAUGUGCCAAUAGUAGCCACUAUGGGAAUUCCUCCAGUCACCCCUGAGUCAAUACCCAUGGCAACAACCAAAGCCCCGAUCAUCGAAGAAGAAGAUUUCGACCACAAUCCCGCUUUUCCACCACUUCCAGACGAUUUAGCUGUUUUGAGAAAUCACGAGGAUGAAAUUGUGCCAGAACAAGUUGUCGAUAGCGACCAUGUAUCAAGUCACGACAUUACUGUGGCAAAUGUAGCUCCAACUAUCCUACCAGAAGUGAAGGAAACGUUGGCAACUACACCGAAGGAUCUUCCUGAUACAUCUACAAUAACGACAACAGAAAAUCCUAAAACAUCAACUGAUGCGACGACACCUUCCCAAGCCGACAUCCCAGCCAGUACUGAGGCACCUGCCUAUAAAGAAAGUCCUAUGCUUAAUUUGAGGUCGGCCAUACCAACGGAGAUACUCAAUGCUCCAUCAAUAGGGCCUGAAGAUAUACCUGCAGAGUUAGACGAGACAACAAUAUUUGCUGAUGUCGUUACGCAAGCAGCAAUCACCACAGUUACAACUGAAGAACCCAAGAAACUAGAAGAAAUUAUCACACAAAAAGCAGAAACGACUGUUGAUUUUAGAACAUCAAGUGAACUGAUUACAUCUGUAGGCCCUGAAUUUGAAACUUCUACCAUACGUAAAGUAACGGAAACUGAACUAGAACCAAGUACAAAGGAACAGGAACAAACUACCAGCUCUAUAGCGAAGUCCAACGUUGCGACUGAAGUUACUUCGCAGACAGAACUUAGUUCCCUGCCAAUCGAAACUAGCGAUCAGAACCCACCUGAGGUACCUGAGAAUACCACAAAUGAUAAGGAAGUAACUUCUACCGCAGAUCCUUUAGAUAUCAGCUCUAAGUUGCCUAUCACCAGUUCUGAAAUUAUAACUGUAUCAAGAUCAGCCUCUAACGAAAACACUGGCUUUGAGAAUGUAGAAACUACGGAAUUCAUCGUGUCAUCAUUUGGCUCCUCUGAAACUGCCACAGAUGCUGUUGAGUUAAUUAAAAUAUCUGCGGACCCUGAAAAAAAUGCAGCGAUUAUUGAAUCUACUGAUGGUCGGAAAUCAAAUGAAUUGACAGACCUCAUAGAUCUUGUUCGUGACGUAGCAUCUAUCAGCGACCACGUAGAGGAAUCCACUACACAACAACAAUCCACGACUGCUGCAAGCAUUUCCGAUUCUGAGGAACUAAUUCCAGUUAAUGCAGGAUACAAGAGCAAAAACAAAAACAUCAAUCAAAACUCCAUCACGGAGGUGCCGCUCAAAAAUAAAAUCAAGCCCAAGGUCGAGAUCGAGGACGACGAGUCUGAGAGCGUCACAGAUUCACCGCCACCCUUCGAUAAGGUGGAGCCCACUACGCGCAGACCCAUCAUAGACAACGUGUCAGAUGACGUCAACAUCUCUGAAAAUAAGACCGAUAAAAAGGAUAUUGAAAUUAUCACGCGAUCCUAUGUUCCCACGAUCAAUCAUCGGCGACCUACUAAAGUUGUAAUGAAGAAGAGCAAUGAGAAACCGGCAACAUCUGAGGAGUCAUUGGGGGUGUCAGCUUCGGCUGAGACUACCACUGAUUACAGCGUCUCCAACGAAACAAGCGGUUCAAAUGAAACUGAGGGUUCAGAAAUACUCUCUAGCGUAACAUUGCAUGCGCCUUCGAGCACUGACUCGAGUAUCGUUACCACUACUGCUGCCGUGAGCAUCGAUGCCAUCAGUACGGGCGCUCCCACCAGCACACUUGCUCCCAGCACUGUGACGGAAGCCAGCAGCACGGUCGCGCCGACGAGCACGCCGGUCCCCGACAGCGGCGCGGCGGCCACCACCCCCGGCGCUCCCCCGAGCUCGGCGCAGUGAGCGGCUGCGCCCUCACCCGCAUGGAACCUCAGCUAAUUAGCAUUUUAUAGAGAGUAAGUUUCGUUCUUGAAACUGUAAGUUAACGUAGAGACUACUAGGUUUAUAGGUGUAUGCGACCCUUUCGGAAUCGAUCAUAUUCCUCGUCAAUUGAUAGCCGAUGAUGGGAUACCCGUCUACGGUUGUUUAUAUGUAUUUUGUAUUGUAAGUAGACGGCCGGGACUGGCUGGCCGAAUUUAUGUGUAUUAGCUGGACAAAUUAUUUAUAAUACAUAGGUUAGCGUUAGGGAGCGAGCGUGGCCGGCGCGGCCGCCGCCCGCGAUGCAGCGAGGCGAGUCGGCGGCUCCUCGCGUUAGCGGAUAAGUUAUUUAUUUGUUUAGUGAGAGAUCGUGAGUAGAGUGAUCGAUAAGUAAGCAACCAAGCUAGUCAACUUGUGACAGUGCAGGCGCGCCGCCGGCCGCCGCACCAGACGCCACGUUGCCAUUACUGCUAGCUGUAUUUAACGAGAACAUGACAAGCGCAGACGUUAACGUAAGCAUUCCGAGAAUAGAUUUAGUUCCUUUAUUUCGUGUAAGAACAAACUGUAGCGCCGCGUCGCAGGCGCAGCGCAACACUAUAUCAUAACUAAAUUUGGUACAAAUCGAAUUUGAUAUUUAGUAUAUUGUCUACGUUAUGAAACGAUAAUGUUUAGGAGUAGACGAGUUAGUUAUAUGUGAUCGCACGUACACUUUAUUUAUUGCACUUAGCGGCGGUGUAUCGCGAGGGAUUCUACCGGAAGGCUCAAGCGUAGCGUAAGGAUAAAUUAUUGUAAUCUACGUACGUUGUAAUGAAUGUUUACUUCUCAUAGGUUCGUUCGGUUCCAUUGUCUGCUACGGUCGGUUCAUUAGUUGUGACUCCUGUGCGCGCGUGCGCAGACGGGCCGCCGCGCCGCGCAUGCGCCGGACGCCCGUGUGCGCACGCGCUGUAGUGCGGCUUCUUGCUCCGGAAGACUGUUACUUUUCCCGGGCAAUAAGCGCACGUGCUCACUGUAUUAUUUAAUUAAUGAUUAUUGUUUUUUUUACAAAUAAAAGAAACCUAGACUGA